GUUAUCUGUUUUCUGCGAGACGCAGAACGGAUGAAUGUAAACUUGACAAACAUUACGAUUUUUAAGUUGAUAUCAGUGUUUAACUUAGUCAUUUCUUAAUUUGUUGUGGAUUUUUAUAAUGGCGCGAAAUAAAUCUCCUAAUGCGACUUCGGAUAAAGACAAGAAGAAGCUCAAAGAAAAGAAGAAAAAAGAAGAAUCUGGUUCUAGUAGUAGCGAUAGCAGUGGAAGUUCAUCAGACAGCAGUUCAUCCCGCUCAUCAUCGCGCUCUUCUUCAAGCAGCUCCGGCAGCUCGUCACGGUCAUCCUCGUCUUCAAGCUCAACAAGCAGCAGUAGCAGCAACAAUGAUCGAUCCAAAGCUAAGAAAAAAACUUCACCACACAAGAGUCCAAUCAAGGAUCGCCGUGAGCCAGAUAGAGACAAGUUGAGGGAUAGAUCACCAACUGGAGAUAAAAAGAAACCAGUACCACCAGUUGCCAAUGACAAACAGAAGAGCAAGGAUAAGCAGGAAAGGUCACCUAGUCGUAAGAAGAGAGAAAGAUCGCCAUUGCCGAGACCAACUCGAAUACACAUAGGGCGUCUCACUUUGAAUGUAACCAAAGAGCAUAUCAAUGAAAUAUUCUCAACAUAUGGAACUGUGAAGGUGGUUGAAUUCCCUAUGGACAGGCUGCACCCACACAAUGGACGUGGAUAUGCAUAUGUGGAAUUCAGUAAUGCAGAUGAAGCGGAAAAUGCGAUGAAACACAUGGAUGGAGGUCAGAUCGACGGGCAGGAGAUAACGGCGGCUCCGGUGCUGAUCCCGGCGCGACCGCGUCGGCCCUCACCACGCGCUGCACCACGACAUCUGCCGCCCCGCCGACAUUCUCCACCACGGUACCGACGUCGCAGCCCGCCGCCACGUCGCCGCUCUCCGCCGCGCCGCCGCCGCACUCGCUCCCGCUCUCCGCGCCCGGCCCCGCGUCGCCGCCGUUCCAGGUCCUCGUCCGCUUCUUCCCGAUAAACAUUUGCACACACUCCCAUACACUCAUUUCGACACACAAACACACACACACCAUGUUGAAGCAAUCAAAUAUAAAAUAAACAAUAAUCCAAAUAAAUACCCUUCACAUGGUAUUUACACAGUAACACAGAGUAACUCAUACAAACCAUACAAGACAUUGCAGAACACAGAAACAUUGCAGUGGUAAGUAGCCUUAGCUUGACUGGUAAGUAUAUGACGAUGUAACAUUGUUUCACAAUAAUUGUAGUUUAGCAACAAUCAAGGACCUAUAUUAAUUGGUAAUUUCUUGUCAUUAAAAGCUUGCAAAAUGGAAACUGAGCAGAGUGAGUGAUCAGUGUUAUCAUAACUUUAAUACGAAAAAGUGAAGUGCUUAUCUGUAUUUUGUUCAAUAUUAUUUGUAAAACUAAAUGGACUACAGAAUUUUGUUAAUAAACAGUGACAACAGA